AUGGCAAGCCAACACUUGUUCAAGCGUAGCAACGAUGCUAUUCACGCCAACGGAGACCACAUGGUCAAUGGCGCUACCUCCGACAUUGCCAUCACCACUCAUGGAUCUGAUUGGUACUGGGCCGUCUGUGCUGUCAUGGUCGCCUCUACCAUCGUCUUCAUAGGCCUGUCAUUCACCAAACCUCGCACACACCGCCUCUUCCACUACAUCACCGCUGCUAUCACCAUGGUCGCCAGCAUCGCCUACUUCACCAUGGGCUCCGACUUGGGAGAGACUGGCAUUCGCCCUGAGUUCAUCCGUACCAAUCCCAAGGUUUCCGGCACCCUUCGUGAGAUCUUCUACGUUCGCUACAUUGACUGGGUCAUCACCACGCCCUUGUUGCUCAUGGACAUCCUCUUGACUGCUGGUCUGCCAUGGCCCACGAUCCUCUACACCGUCUUGAUCGAUGAGAUCAUGAUCAUCACCGGUCUUGUUGGCGCCUUGGUCACUUCUAGCUACAAGUGGGGGUACUACACCUUCGGAUGCUUCGCUCUCUUUUGGGUUGGGUGGACUCUCGUCUGGACCGGUCGCAAGCACGCAGCUGCCAUUGGCUCCGAUGUCUCGAAAACCUAUCUCAUCGUCGGUACUUGGACCACCUUCCUCUGGUUCCUCUACCCGAUUGCCUGGGGACUUUCCGAGGGUGGUAAUGUCAUCUCACCCGACUCUGAGGCUGUGUUCUACGGUAUCUUGGACAUCAUGGCUAAGCCAGUCUUCGGUGCUCUAUUGAUCUGGGGUCACCGUGGUAUUGACCCAGGACGUCUUGGCAUCCACAUCCGCGACUAUGAUGAGGGACCAUCAUACACUCAAGGCACCGAGAACCUCGAGAAGGUCGCCAACGGUCGCAAUGGUCACAAUGGUGUCACCGAUGGUGCUACCAGCUCCGGCGCCAACGUCUAA